AUGGCAAAUAAAAACAAUGUAACUGAAUUCAUUCUACUGGGGCACAGAAACCCAAAGAUGCAGAAGAUAGUAUUUGCAGUGUGUUUGCUCAUCUAUGUCAUCUCCAUGGUAGGAAAUGUGCUCAUCCUUAUCAUCAUUGUCAGCCCCUUACGGAAGUCCCCCUUGUACUUUUUCUUGGCCCAUCUCUCCUUUGUUGAUGCCUGCUACUCCUCAGUCAAUACCCCGAAAAUGAUUACCGACUCACUGCCUGCAAAGAAGACCACCCUCUUCAACGCAUGCAUGGCUCAAGUCUUUGCAGAACAUUUCAUGGGUGGUGCUGAGGUCGUCCUGCUGACUGUGAUGGCCUAUGACCUCUAUGUGGCCAUCUGCAAGCCGCUGCACUACACAACCAUCAUGAACUGGAGAGUGUGCAGCCUGCUAGUGGGAGUGUCGUGGGUGGGAGGCUUUCUUCACGGAAGCAUUCAGAUCCUCUUCAUCUUGCCACUCCCUUUCUGUGGCCUGAGUGUCAUAGAUCACUUUAUGUGUGAUCUGAACCCUCUGCUCAAGCUGGUCUGCACUGACACCCACAUUCUGGGGUUCUUCUUUGCUGCCAACAGUGGCUUCAUCUGUCUGUUAAAUUUCCUGGUUCUCCUGCUGUCCUACGUGGUCAUUCUCUUCUCCUUAAAGACCCACAGUGUGGUGGGGAGGCAGAAAGCCGUCUCCACCUGUGCCUCCCACAUCACGGUGGUCGUCUUGUUCUUUGUGCCCUUCAUAUUUGUGUACAUGAGACCUGCAAUGACUCUCCCCAUUGACAAAGCAGCUGCCGUCUUCUACACCGUGAUAACUCCCAUGUUAAAGCCUCUGAUCUAUACUUUUAGAAAUGCUCAGAUGAAAAAUGGGGACCAGACUGUGGCUCCUUCUGACAGCAGGCCUUGGAGCCCCCAGGCGAUGAUGGUUUUACCACUACACAAAAUGCAAGAGUUGCUGGCCAGAGGGCCUCCACCCAGAUCUCAGAAGAGGGCCAGGGACGCCAGGAAAGAGGUCCCUGGGGAGACAGAGUCUGAAUCUACGAGUUCACAGCUACGAGUUUGCCUUGAGUCAUAA